GAUGGCGGCUGAAGUGGGGGCAGAGCGCGUCAGGUAGCGGGUUAGCCACGCGCGAGCAAUAAAUGUAUAGCGAUAAAAUGCGUCCACGGCGAGUCGUGUGCCCCUGAAAGUCGUCCGUGCGGGAACGACCCGUACGGCACGGUGACCUGCGCCCGACCCCGACCCGGAUUUCGCCGCUCGACCGGCUACCGGCGGCCGAAAAGCGAGGUGCCAUAACCGAGAUCGGAGCACGGUGACUCACUCACUCACUCGUCGUCGUCAAGACACUCCAGGUGACCUGCAGUGACAGCGAUGCUCCUUCAGUGAGAACGACUGAGCUCAGAACAAGUCCAAGGAAAACACGUGCCAAUAUGAACGUGCAAGAACUUCGUGACGAGCCUCCUUUAUUACAAGCCAUAUUCCUCGGGGACAUGGAGGAGGUCUUUGCCUUGCUGUUGGAACAAGAGGAUAUCAAUUGGCAAGACAAAGAGCAACGUUCCCUGUUACACGCAGCAGCAUAUAGGGGAAACACCGCUAUCGUGGAGACUCUCUUGUUAAAUGGCGCAGCAGUCAAUAGUAAAGAUAAGAAAUGGCUAACCCCGCUGCACAGAGCCUGUUGCUCCGGCAAUUACAAUGUAGUAGAUAUUCUAUUGAAAUACAAAGCGGAUGUGAAUGUUCGGGAUCGCAGUUGGCAGACGCCUCUUCACGUAGCAGCAGCGAACAACGCUGUGCAAUGUGUAGAGCUCAUAUUGCCGCACGUAUUAAAUCUCAAUCUCACGGACAGAGGCGGGAGAACGUGUCUUCAUCAUGCCGUGUACAAUGAACACCUUGAGAUGACCGAGUACUUGACGCAGCUCGGUUGUGUGAUAAACGCUUCCGACAAGAAGGAUCGUAGGCCUCUACACUUCGCGGCGUACAGGGGACACGAUGAGAUAGUAAAGGUGCUGAUAGCCAAAGGUGCCGACGUGGAUGUGAAAGAUCGAGAUUUGUACACUCCCUUACACGCAGCGGCCGCUUCUGGUAAUGUAGAGUGCAUGCGCACUUUGAUCAAAGCUGGCGCGGAUAUCGAAGCCAAGAACGUGUACGGAAAUACCGCGUUGCAUAUCGCGUGCCUGAACGGGUUUUCUCACGCGGUCACGGAACUCAUCGCUAACGGUGUUAAUCUAGAGGCCGUCAAUUAUCGCGGGCAGACUGCGCUGCACGUCGCCGCUGCCAGCACACAUGGUGUUCAUUGUCUGGAGGUGCUGGUGCAAGCCGGGCUGAAGAUAAACGUGCAAUCCGAGGACGGCCGUACUCCGUUGCACAUGACUGCGAUUCACGGGAGAUUCACGAGGUCGAAGACGCUGCUCGACGCCGGCGCUUUUCCAGACACGAGAGACAAGAAUGGGAAUUCGGCUAUGCAUGUCGCUGCCUGGUUCGGUUACGAGUGUUUGAUUACGAUCCUCAUAAUGUGCGGCGCAUCUCCGGCGGUGCGCAACGCCCAGCAACGGACGGCUCUCCACCUGAGCUGCCUGGCGGGGCACAUAGAAGUCUGUAGAAAAUUAUUACCAAUCGACAGGCGAAUCGACACGCGAGACAUAGGCGGCAGGACGGCCUUGCAUUUGGCGGCGUUCAAGGGCUCCGUCGACUGUCUGGAUCUGCUGUUGUCCAGCGGCGCCAACUUCCGUCUGACCGACAACGACAACCGGUUGGCCCUGCACCACGCCGCCAGCCAAGGACACUACCCCUGCGUCUUCACUCUGGUGGGAUUCGGUAGUGACUCGAACGCCCAAGAUGUGAACGGGGCCACGCCGUUGCACCUGGCCGCAGCGGCGUCCAAUCCUUUCGAUUCUUGCGCCCAGUCGUACAGAUGUGUACAGUACCUGCUGCAGCACCGAGCAGACCCGCGUUUGUGCGAUAAACGCGGCUUCACUGCGAUCCACUACGCGGUGGCGGGCGGCAACCAGCCGGCGUUGGAGGCCCUCUUGCACGCGUCCUCGACGACGUCGACGACGUCGACGACUACGUCCUCAUCGACGGGAAACGCACCCGCCUCCCACGGUUCCUUCUCGUUCGAGCAGGAAGCGUCUUCGCCGGCGCUCACUCCGGUACAUCUCGCGGCAUAUCACGGUCACAGCGAAAUCCUGAAGUUGCUACUGCCGUUGUUUCCCAAUACGAACAUUAAGGAGGACAGCGGUAAAACCCCGUUGGACCUGGCCUCUUACAAAGGACACAAGCAGUGCAUCGAGCUCCUGCUGCGAUUCAGCGCUUUGGUGUCGGUUCAAGACUCCGUUACGAAACGCACACCGGUGCAUUGCGCCGCCGCGGCCGGUCACUCCGACUGCCUGGCUCUGCUCUUGGAGAACACGGACGAUCCCCGGGUGGUGAAUCGUUAUGACGCGAAGCAACGCACGGCCCUCACACUGGCGGUCGCGAACAGCAAUCCGGAGUGCGCGAUCUUGCUGCUGAAGCACAAGGCCGACUGCAAUCUGCCGGAUAUCAAUAAGCACACUCCGCUGUUCCGGGCGGUGGUGAACGAGCGCGAUCAUCAGCUGGUGAAGCUGCUGCUGAAACACGGCGCCCACGUAGCGGUGCAAGAUGCGAACGGUAAAACGCCGUUACACUUGGCGGCGGCCUGCGGAAGACUGAACGCUCUAGCGGCUCUGGUGAAAGCGGACCCGACCGCGGCCACGUUGAAGGACGACCAAGGAUGCACGGUGCUGCAUUGGGCCUGCUACAACGGCAACUCGAACUGCGUGGAGUACCUCUUGGACCAGAACGUGUUCGACUCCUUGGAAGGUAACCCGUUCUCCGCCGUGCACUGCGCCGUCUACCAGGGCUCCGCGCACUGUUUGGACCUGCUGAUCAACAAGUUCGGCGGUAAGGCGGUGGCAGCGCCGAGGGACACGCUGGGCGGCCGAUUGCCGUUACACGUCGCGGCCAGCGCCGGCUCGGUCGAGUGCGCUCGCCUGAUCCUCAGCUCGGUCGGCCCGGAAUUAGCCGGACUGGAGACGCCCGAUUACUCCGGCCGGACGCCGCUGCUUUGUGCGGCCGUCACCGGCCAAUGCAACGUCAUCGAAUUACUACUCGAGUGGAAAGCCAAUGUACGUGCUGUCGAUUCCAGUAAAAAUACAGCCUUGCACUUAGCAUGUCAGAGGCGUCAUUCAGCCGCGGCGUCGUUACUCUUAAACUGGAUCGACUCGCUCGGCGCUGCCGCCACCGCCGUCGCCGCCGACGGCAAUGCGCAGUCGGCGCAGCAGCCGCAACAGCAACAACAGCAGCAGCAGCAGCGAGUGGCGGUCAUCAAUAUGACCAACAAGCAACAGAGAACCCCGCUGCAUCUGGCGGCGAGAAACGGCCUCGUCACGAUCACGCGCCGGUUGCUGCAAUUGGGCGCGAGUGUCGUGGCCGUGGACGCCGAAGGACUCACUCCUGCGUUGGCCUGCGCCCCGAACCCGGCGGUGGCCAGGUGUUUGGCUACUAUUCUCGCGGCACACGCAGGUCAGAACUGGGAAGCGGCGCAGCACUCGCCGUCGAUCCAACAGACGUCCGAGGUGUAUCUGAACGGGCGCGGCGGCGUCGACUCGCAGCACAGCUCCGACUCGGAGUUUUACUGACAGCAAGCCUCGUCACGCUUAGACCUCCAGGCGUUCCCGAACCUGAACGUCGACUCUGCGCACGGCAACGUCGACGCCAGGCUGAUCUGGACGAGCUGCUGGCUCUUCUCCGUUUUAGCGUAGAUUAAAUUACAAAAGUCGCUCCGAAAGGACCGCCAAGGAGAUGGAAGAAACGGCGAGCCAAGCGAGAUCGCGCGAACGCACGGAUAUCGGCCGACUCUCUCGCAGUGUGACUAACCUCACAAAUAGUAAUCGUGACAAUACGAGUGUCCACACUAUCGAGAAUUCGAUAGAGAGUUGCACUAACCGACUGCCAAGAGGGAUACGGAUUUAUGUAUGUGUAUGUGCGUAUGUGUGUGUACAUAUACGUGUAUGAAUGCGCGUACAUAUAUAGUCAGUGGGAGAAAAGUUACGACGGUUUCUCUUCAACGAUUUUCCCGACGCAUUCGUAUCCAUUGAGUGAACUUAUUCCUUGGUAAUCCUCGGAACACGAAUUCUCUUACCGGCUGCCUUCUGAAGUUCGUCGGCGUAAAAGCGCUGCGAUUCCCCCCCCCCCCCCCCCCNCCAUGACUCCGUACACAAACCUGCGUAAUAAUUUUAACACAGCGGUGCAGUUAGGUUAUUAAUAUUUUUUAAUCGCACGUGUUCCUUUCCUGGACACUAACGUGAAACGAUCGCAGGUUACCGCUUUGACACGUUGUUAACGCUUCUUUGCUUGAUAAAUAAAUAAGCGAUAAAUCGAUAAUACGUACGAUUGCAAGAUUCUAAUUUAAUUUGACUGCAUUGCAUAUUGAGAUUAUGAUUAUUAUUACACCGGUCUGUGUACACUUGGUGUCAAUAUGGUGUCAAUAUGGUUUCAAUACUUUUUUCUCGAUGCAGUGUGGAAAGCAGCUGACAAUGCAAUGAGGAAACUUAACUUCUGGUUGUUAAUAAAAAGCAAAUUCUCUCUCAUUGGUGAGCGAUCGUCAGCUAUAUUCCAAACUGCAUUGAGGAAAGAGCAGUCGUGUUGAAACCAAGCGUGCGAACGUCUGAGUGCAUAAUCCAUCGCUUAACAGACCGAUAGAUUAAGCGAAUGUGUGUGUGUGAGAGAGCGUAUAUUUAAGAGACGAGCGAGUCGUGCGACACUCAGAGUCAUCCAGCGUUUUGUUUGUGCGAUUACGUGAGACGACGUGCGCGCGGCAAUUACAUCGUUUCGUUAACCACGCUAUAUGACAUUCGUGAGAGAGAGAGAGAGAGAGAGAGGUAGGAGAAAAAGCGAAUAUCAUUACAAUUUGCAUUGCGAGGUCGGAAUUAGAACGUAAACCGUGCAGUACUACGAUUCAAGCGUAGUCUCCAAUGGGCAGUAAGAGUAUGUUCAUAAAAAGCAAGAAUAAGAAAUUGACCAAUCGUAUUCGAAUGUAAGAAGAAUAAUAAUCGACUGUGAUUGGUCAAUUUUUUACUCUUGCUUCUUAUAAACAUACUCCCACUGCCCAUUGUAGACCACGCUUUACGUUCCAGCACGCCGUGCGAUAGAGCAGCACGUUGCAUCCACUCCGGAGAGCACGUCGUACACAAUUUUCCUGUUAUACGCUGUCGCGAAGUGUGUCCUUGAUUAGAAAGAGAGUACAAAAUUUCCGCCAUUAGCGCUUAACUGUAUUCCUCUUGGAUAUUAUCGCGGUAUCCGGUAUAUUGAGAUCCGUUUAUUUUUCACUCGAGGCCGCGAUGUAUCGGGGAUGCGCGAUAUAUAUUUUUCUCUCCUCUUAUACACGUAAUAUAUCUUAUUCGUACGUACAUACAUACAUACAUACAUACAUACAUACAUACAUACAUACAUACAUAUAUCCCUUGCAUAUAUACAAGUAUAGCCGAGAACUUGCGGGAGAGAGAGAGAGAGAGAGACGUUCGUAGCAGUGGCUCGCGCGCAGUUUCCGCUCUCUCGCAUAGCCUGUAUCUUCUAAAUUAAUUCGCAAUUAACACACACAUGCAUCGCCUCCUCUUUUCCGUAUUUCUCGGUAGCGACGGAAACGGUUCGCCCUUCGUGCAGUUCCCCCCUUCCUUUUUCGUUCUUCUCUCUAAAGGGUGUAAUACGCGCGUAGUCGAGUUCCCGAGCGCGACUAGCCGGGUCGAGCAGAUCACGAGGAAUAAUCAUAGCCGAAGCUAACCUCGCGUUAGUCGUAUAGUCAGCGGGGCAAUAAGUCGUCGGAUGCAAUAAAGAGAUCGGUCGGUCGGCCGGUAUGUUCGACGAUAGCAAUUUAUAUAUAUAUCUAUAUAUAAAUUGCUAAUUAUAUAUUAGUGAACCUUAGCGUAUGACAGGCGGCGAGCGGAGGGUGUGAUCUUCUAAUCAAAAGCGCGCGAUUCGCCCCUCCUCCCCCUCCUCGCGACAGGCAAUUAGAUGUGGUGCGGAUGUAACGACGACGACGUACAGAGGACGAUGCUCAACACACGUUGCAUUUACUAAUCUAGGUUGAUUCUCUAAUUAGUUUAGACGGAUGUCUUCCAUCUUCAGCAGCGACAUUCUCAGUUGCUAGCGCGUCGGCUGAUUAACGCUAACAAUGUUGUCGAUUGUUCUCUUGCCUGCGUUAGGAAAGAGCCUCCUCCAGCUCCGUGCGAGGUCGUGCGAGAGCGUUUCUGGAUUCUGCAAUUCUGCCUUCUCGCGUUCCUACGCGCUUGGAUGAUUGAUUUGAAUCACCCGUGUUCUCGCGAUCUCACGAGGACCUCGCGAUUUGGUUCGCCGGAUAUACGGGAGGCAGAGAGGAAGAGAGAGAGAGAGAGAGAAGGAAAGAGAGCGUAGAACGCUGCGGGAAAAUGCCGAGAAAGUAAGAAUAUUCAAUUAUUUCGCGACAUAUAUCACACGCGUUGUAAAUAUCGGGAAACGGACCGAGACUCCCCUUGGAUUUUGUACAUAAAAUCGGGCGACGAGACGAGAGGAGAAGAGAAAUGAGUAUUUAGCUAUUUUCUUAGACAUUUGUAGCGAAGCCUAAACUGCCUGACUGUAAUCGUACGUCGAAUGAGAGAAUAUAGAGCUUGUAGGUAGGUGUAAGGUAACACACACACACACAGACACAGACACACACAGCCGAUCGAGGAAUUGAAUCGGAAUGUCUCGUCACGUCUACCGGAGAUUCCCUCCUCACCUUGCGUUAUCUCCAUUUCGAAGAAGCGGUCUUGACACUUUGUCUCGUCUAUCGUUUUUGUACUUACAGGUUUCUUCUCACUCGAUAUAUGAUGAUGAUGAUGAUGAUUUCUGCAUUUAAUAGGCUGUAAGCGCGUAAUCAUAUUUCAACGACGUUAUACAUAUAUACAAUAUACACUAUACACAAUAAUACACACACACGUGCGCGUGCGAUUCUUUUCAAUCGCCGAUGUCACAAACGACACGGCAGAGAGAAUGAAAGAGGCGAAUGAAAAACGACUCAUCGGGACAACCGUGUGAUUCUGUUGUACAUAUAUUAAUUCUAAUCAUCGCUUAAACGUAAGCACGCGACACUUACACGAUCGAUGAAGUUGUUGUUGACAAACACCGGGGGAGGACCGAUCGCGAUCUCUCCCGUUUGUACAUGAUUUUAUACCUGGACGACCGUUCAACCGCGAUACGACGGAAAACUACAAGAACCGGACAUACACAUACACGCAUACAUACGUACACCUCACACGUGCCGUGCGUCAUACCGUUCUCUUUUUCAGACACGCGAAAUAAAUCGCCCCCCUCCCCCCCCCCCUUCCCUUCUCCAUCGUUGUACAUACGUAAUGUGGGAAAAAGAAUAUUUUUUCUAUACUCUUUCCUUGCGCGCGUAUGAUGGAUAUUAUGCGAAGUGUAAUACCGCAUUACAUGAAAGUUAUAUCAUAAUUUAAGGGCUUCUGCCGAUAUCAUACAUUGUAUCGCGAACAUUUGUAAUCAAUAUACGUCGUUAUGUUUUAUUUUCA